CAAACGUUAGUCAUAUUUCGUCUUACGACGAGCAGUACAAUGCAUGAAGUGCCAGAAUGCCUCAGCCGGCGUUACGAGGCUGUCGACGAGUUGAUACAAGAGCUAGGCUCCACGUUACAGAAGAGCACAGAAAAUGACUGCCCUGAAGAUUCUAACCCUGGAAUCAAACUAAUGUGCGAUUUCUGGAGCAUUUUGAAGGAAGAUCCUAAUUGUGAUUUACCAAAAUUGGUGCAGAAACGCAUGUGUCCCGAGUCGCCCAGUACUCCGCACUGCCCGAUUCCUAGUGCGAAAUCUAGUAUGUUCGGACGCGCACAAAGAAUCAUGUGCUACAUGGCGAAUGACACCACCAGAGACAGUAGUCUUUCCAGUGGGAAACAAGUGAAUAACAAUAAAAACCAUCCAUGCCAAGUAAGCAGUGUCUCAAAGAAGAACACAUGCUGCGUGUCCGGACAAUCAUCCAUUGCAAGUCAUAACACAACGAACGACUUACCGUUGAGUAAAGUGCUAUGCAAUUUGAAGCAGGCAGUGUCUUAUGAUAAGAAAUGUUCAGCCAGAGUUAAUGAUCUACUAGAGGCAGAAAAGACGUUACAAGGGCAGAUCGCUCAACUAGAGGAUAAGGAAAGACAAGGUGUUGUUUUGCUGAAGCAAGCCGACUGUAUGUGGUCUUGCAUGGAAAAUGCUUACAAGGAAAAAAUAGCGGAUUCUUUGGAAAGGCAAAAAUGCCUAUUACAGCAGUUGAAGGACGUAGAAAAAAGUGUUAACAAAUGGCGUAAAAAUAAGAAGGACUUGGAAUCGCAAUUGGAUAGUAUAGGCAAAGCGCAGCUUGAAAUCAACGAAAAAAUUUCUCGUAAAACGAACGAUAUCAAAUCUUUAAAUGUUGAAAUAGACGGAUUUAAAAAGAGAAUUGAAGCUAACAAAAGGGCCGCGGAAGCGAUCAAGAAAUCGAUAGAACCUAAGAAGAAGCAUGCAAAAAUAAAAAUAGAAACCAUAACGGCAGAAAUGAAACGUUUAGAGGCAUUAGACGAAAAUGAAAAGAAAGCAAAACUAGAAAAGGAUGCAGAAGGUGCUGCAUAUAUUAAGGAAGCAAGAGAAGAUCUCCAGAAAAUUUGUAAAGCUUUGCUUCAAAAACAACUCGAGAAGGAAGAUUUAACUGCAGAGAAAAAAUCUUUGAUCCAAGAAAUAGAUUUACUAAAAACAACAUGUGACUUGUGUAAAGAUAAAUGUAAAAGGAAACAAGAGUUAAUGGGUGAAGAGUUAAAUAAAGUGGACGCAGAACUAGCUAUCUUCAAAGUAAAGUGUAUCAAAUGUAAUCAGUGUACUGAUACAAGUGACCAAAGGUACUACUGCAAUGAUUGUCCGAGAUGUGCUGCUCAUAGAGAAUGUUUGGUCCAGGGCGACACUUGUGGUACUGAUAUUAAGGAGUCAUGCGUUUGUCAAAUGGUCAAACAAAAGUUAUUGGACAAUAUAUUUGAGAAUAUGUACACCGUGUUAGACAGACAAGUGCAUUCACGGCCUGGUAAAGUGAUUGCUGACCAAGUACUGAAGAGUUUAAAACACAGCCGCAAUGGAAAAUUGAAUACGGAAACAAAAAAGGUUUUGCAGGAAUUUAUUUUGACUACGAUAAAGAAGAAUUUAAAUUUAACUAUUGUUGGUGGUGCAGUCAAGACUAGGUGUGAGUUGGAUCCUGACACUUACAACCAACUGAUGCUGUGCUUGAAGCAAAUAAAAGCCUCUCGUGUUGCUCACUCUGACAAAGGAACGGAAUCAAAGAAGGGCCCAUGUAAGCGUUGGGGAGGAUCCAAGGAAUGUUAUUGUCCGAAAGGUCCCAAAGACUGUGUUUGUAUUAAGAAAGCGCCCCCACCGAAAAGUGGAAAAGGUCCUUGCCCACCUUUACCGGUUGAUAAGGAAGACGAGGGCGAAGUGAUGAAGUGUCCAAACAAGAAAGAUACAGUAUGUGGCUUAGACUGUUCCAUGCAUACGCCUGAAAGAAUAGCAGCAGAUGUAUCGAAAUGGAAACCUGAUCCCUGCGGAGGUCCUUCUUGUCCAUACUCAAAGAACAUGCGAGCUGCUCAGUGUGUCUUUGGCCCAGAGUUAUUUGAUCCGAAAAAAAAUUUUGAAAGUCGAAGGUCGAUUGCUAAAUUACCUGGUAAUGCAGAAAAACAAGUGGCACAAGGUUGGAAAAGCCCUUGUCCGAUUAAGUCGUCCGAUAUGAAAAGAAACUCAGCAAGUAACUUAAAAGUGGAAAAAGAGAUCACCUGUAAGUGCGGAGACGUGCCGAUACGUUUUUGCUCCUGUCACAAAGAUGCAAAACAACUGAAAAUAGACGAUGGGUGUAAAUGUGCAAUUCCAAGGAAGUGCUGUUCAUGCGAGGGCAUACCUUACAAAGUGUCGGUAAGAAAAUCCUAUAAAAUACAUGAAGGGCAUCAAAAAGCAUCAGUGUCGCAAGAUACUCCACAUGGCAAAGAAAACGAAACAUCCAGUGUAGAUAAUAAAGUCACAUUCAAGGAAAAUGAAAUGGAGAAUGUUGAAAAAGUAGAUGAAAUCGUGAGAUUAGAUUAUAAGAGUGUAAAAACGACCAUGAAACAAGUGCCAGGAGAACUUUCAAAUAUUAAAACCGAUGCACCUACAGGCAUUGUUUUUCAACCCGUGACCGAAACUUUGACAUCAGAAUAUAAAAGUGCAGAAACUUCCAAAAUUAUGAAGAAACCGCCAGAUAUUAAUAAAUCUAAAGAAAAUUUGAGCUUAACCGAUGCACCGCCAACAAAUAUUCAAGCGACAGAUAAUACCAUGUCACAUAGAAGCGUGGAAGCUGAUAAAGUCAUAAAAAACAUACAUACAAGUUAUGUUGAGGCAAAAGAUGAAAUUUGGGCACCAGAGUACAAGAGUGUGGAAACGAACAAGGUAGUUAUGGAGAAGGUACCAGAUAUCAGCGAACCUCAAAGAAAUAAUGCGAAUAUAAUCGAUACACCUUCUGGCAGCGUUGCUAUGGAAAUCGAAAAUACUUUCCUUGACAAACUCGAAAAAAAAUUAAUAGAAAAUCCUAACACGCAUGUUUACUUGAGAGAACUGAAUUCGAGGCAACUAAUUGUCGACUUCAAACCCCAGGAGAAUGUUUCCAAUCUAAAAGUACACGUAACCAAAUCACCAACUGGUGAAAUACAAUUCGUGCUGUUUAAAAAUUUGUCAACAUAUAUACGGCCAUGUGAAUCUUGCGAAACUGUAUGUGAACAAGCCAUAGAUGUAGAAUCAUUAAUCUUAAAAGUAGUCAGAAGUGAAUGCAAACUAAAAGGAACCCCUACGGAUGGUAGAAAAGUUUGUGAUGAAGCAGCGAGCAGUAUAUCAAACAAAAGACAAGCAGCAAGGAAAACAGCAAAAAUGGAGCGAGAGGAUAUCAGGUACUAUGUUGAAGACGUAAUUUUAAAUAAAAUACCGAAAGAAGCAAAAAUACACAAAUGUAGAUUAACCGAUAAAGAAAGAAAUUCCAUAGAAUUAGACAAAAAAGAAAUGGAAAUAUUUUAUGAUAAUAAUAGAGGAGAAAUUAAAUUAAAAGUUCAAGGUGUAAAUGGAGCAAAAGCUUGUGUAGAAGCUAAUUUAAGGAGAACUUUGUCAGGAAAUAUUGUCAUGGAUAUCAAAGAUAUGAACUGUGUUGGAGUGAUCGCAGAUAGCUCAAAAGAAUGUCCGGUGUUGUUGAAAAAGUCCUCAUCUGGGGCAUAUAUGUUAUUUGUUGGCUGUGAAAAGCCUGAACAAGAGCCAAAUACAAUAUUAAAGCGUACUGAAUCUGGACAAAUGUUAAUUGUUAUUACUGAACCUAUAUUAAAGUCAUUAAUUCUUCUUAAACCACCUCUCCAAGAAUUAGCCAACGAUAAACUAUACAAAGUAAGUGUUAAAAGUGCAUCGUCGCGUAUUAUUGCAAUUCCAGCUUUUCUCAAGAUGACAACAUCGGGAAAUUAUCUCCUUGUUUUGGACAAAGAAUUCGAGAAACAGUUUCAUGAUCACAUAAUGAAUUCUAUGAGUGAUCACAAUCAAUGUCAUAUAGAGUUACAAAAGACAGCUUCUGAUGAUAUAGUAAUUAAUUUUGAUAAGCAAUGUACUGAAAAUACGUGUCAUAAUAAACAAAAUGCUCUUUUGGUUAAAACGUCUUCGGGACAUUUGAGAAUUCUAGUAAAUGACGAGAAAUAUAAUACUUUAUCACAAAAUUUGAUUAAAGUUAACUCAAAUAAAUCUUCAAAAGCCUUCGAGGAAUUACUACGACAUAUACACACAUUGUCUUCACCGGGUUGUAGUCAAUCUAGGAACAUAACUGAGAGCUCGUUCAGAAAACAAAGCAGCGAGUCUCAGUUUUUAGACAGCGACAAAAGCUCGCAUUUCGACCGUCCGAUUAAAAUACAAAAAACUCCAUCUGGGCAGUACGCUGUUGUUUUAGAUAAAAAUUCAAAAAUGGCAUUUCUGACCGAUUUGAGGAACUACUUGAACUUAAAUAAUAAAGGUCACGUCCCUGUCAGAAGAAUGGGGUCUGGAGAUAUUAUGAUCUUUUUAGACCCAGAGGGACAAAGUACCGACCUUUACGGGUCUUUGAGAAUUACUCCAUCUGGAAAUGUUUAUGUCACAAUGGAUGAAAACGUUUUAAAAGUUUUAAGUGCCACGCCAUCUGGAAUGACGGAACUAGGAUCUCAUCAUAUUAUUAAAAAGGUUAAGCAUCCAGAGGAUAAAGGAGUAGACACUAAUUGUAGUACUGAUCUUGAUGCUUGCUUAUGUGACCCUCUUUGUAUUUGUAGAGACUUAUUAGAGUGUGUCGAUAAACGUAGAAGGUCGCAAGAUACAAAAAGAGGCUAUUUCUAUAAGACAAAAAAAAUAUUACCAUGCCCUUCCAAAUGUUACGCUUCUUGCUGCAUGAAAAAUAGAUUCAACAGAACUAAUGUUACAGAAAACCCUUGUGAAUGUUUAAAUCCCUCUUACAAUGAAAAGAAAAAUAUUCAGCAAUGUUAUUAUGUACAUGAAUCUCUUUGUAACACGAAUAAAACUUUGUCAAAUGAAUUAUUAGUGGCAUCAUGCUCUUGUAAGGAAACUGAUAAUAGUACGUCUUUGUCAGAAGUCUUUGAUGACUCAGUAGAAGAGUUCCCUAAUUUGACAUCAUAUGAAUCUGUAGAGAAUAGUAAAUAUGAUUGGAAUUAUCUGCCGCCACAGUUACCUCCAUUUCUUGGCAAUUUCAAACCUUUUGUGGUUACUUAG